CGCCCCAGCCGGCUGCGGGAGAGCCCGGCCCGGCCCGGCCCGGCCCGGCGCCCCAGACCAGGGAAGGGAGGAAUUUGGGCGCCACAUAAAACGCGGGGGCGGGAUAGGGCCGCACCGGGGCAAUGGGGAGAUCGGGGGCUCCCGGCCGUGCCGGGGCGCGGGGAAUUCCGGGCUGCGCAGCGGCUGCUCCGUGGCAGUUGGAGCCGUUGGGAGAUGUCUGUUCCCGGGCCAGGGACCACCCCUGGGCCCGCCACCGCCAUGCCUCCGCUGCUGCUCCGCGGCCUCCUCCUGCAGCUCCUGGGCUGCUGCGGCCCCCCGUGCCGGGCGGCUGCGGGCCCCCCGCGCUUCCAGCUCCCGCCACUGCGGGUCACCUGCUCGGGCCCGCACGGACGCGUCUAUCGGCGCCAGGACAGCGAGGUCUGGGCCUCGUGCCUGUGGGAUGGGCCCAUCGAGCUGCGCUAUACGCGGGCCCCGGGAGCAGUGUCAGGCGCCCAGGAGGGAGAGACACAACUGCCGCCCCCACCGCGCUGCCGCUGGUACCGGGACUCGGCCUGGGUGCAGGACACGUCUCGCUGGUCAGGCAGGGCAGUGCUGGGACCGGGCCUGGCUAGGGGGCGGCCUGCUCCACCCUGGGCCUCAAGCCGCAUCACGGUGCAGUGUGAGUCGGCCUCGUGUGCCGUGCCUACGUGUCUGCACCGCAACCUGAGCAUUGAGGUCUCCGGGCAGGAUGUGCGGCUCUUCCUGCUUUGGCCCCCGCAACCCCCCAUCCUGGAGUGGCAGCCCGUGCAGCUGGGCUGGUGUGCACGCCUCAAGAGCUCAGCCUGGCGCUACCGCUUCAGCAGCCGCGGGGGCAGCCCUGCUGCACUCCUCAUUCCUAGCAACCAGCACCACAAGCUGCUCCCACCCGCUGCCUACCCAAGAGCUGAAUUGCACCAGGUCUGUGCCUCCUACUACAGCUACCGCCUGACCGUGCACUAUACCCGCCGUGGUCUCUACAUUGCUUCAAUCAGCAUGGAGCAGGGGCCUCAGAUCAGCCUCAGCCUCACCCUGAGGGUGGAGCCGGCCCUGCUGCAUGUCCUCAGUGCCCACUCUAAGCUGUUUAGCCUUCCUUACCAACCCCUCAGCCUCUCCUGGAGGCUACAGCCCCUUGGCCCCAGGACACUGGCAUAUAGGCUGCUGGACAUGCAGGGGACGGAGGGCUGGUCAGCCUCCUAUAAUCCUUAUGCCUUGCGGAGCAACUUCUGUGCUGACUCCAUGCCCCGGCAGGCUAGUGAAAUGGCGCUGGCCAGCAUCUACUUCCAUGUUGAUGGAGAAUGGUUUGGGGAUCUAGCAGGGGAGCUGAGUUUCUCCAAUGCUACGCUGGGCCUGACAGUGAACAGUGAAACUCCCACCUACCUCACCCUUAAUGCCCAGAAGACCAAGACUGGCACUUACAUUUUUAGCCGCAACCAUGGACUUUAUUACACCACCCAAGCAAACAAUGCCAGUGCCCCUGAUGAUGGUUUCAACACCCAUUAUAUAUUCUUCCAGCAGCAGAGCCUUUCCUUCUUGCUCACGAUUGAGUUUGUGAGGUUGCAAUGGUACAAGUUCAACAUGCACUUGUAUCUGAACCGGAAAGGAGCCCUGUUUAGGUCUCUAGUGGACAGAGAUAUAGAAGUCCACAUUUUCAACAGUGGUCCUUCUUUUUUGCGGAGUUUGAUCUACAUUGUGUGGUUUAUUCCUGUGCAACAUCCGAUGCUGCAGUGUGAGUGGACCUUCAACCUGCAGCUGUUUGGGUCAAGAAAAGAGUACGUCAUCCAGAACAAUACUUAUACUUAUGAUGAUCAUGUCAGAAAUGCAGCCCGCUUUGUCCGUCGCUCUGUUUUACCUUUUAAUCCUGCCCUAUACACAGGGUUUGUGGCAAAAGUGAAUUGUACCAGAAGUGGACUUACACCUGCUGUUUUAAAAGUCACAGUCAACACUUAUGCUUCAAAGGUCAUGGAGUCACUGGUGUCUUGUCAGAAAAAACCUUGUUUCAUAGAGCGUUUGAGAAUCCAGAAGCCUGAUCUUGUUUACCCCAUCAUACGUACUAAAAAAGGGUUACAACUUAGCCUGUAUGCCAAAUUGCAAGUUAACUGCACGGAUCUUGUACGUACAGAAGCAAUCUGGAAAAUCUAUGGUGUUCAAAAUGUCACGACUAUUCCAGACUGGACAAAACCUUUAAAUCCACCCCUCAUCUGGAGAAGACAGAUGCUCAUUUUACCAAUUCCCAGCUUUAGUUUAGAUUAUGGCUUGUAUCUGUUUAAUUUCUCUGUUAAAAUAAUUGCAUCUGAGGGUGUUUUGGAAGGCUCAGAUACAGUUUUUGUUCAGGUCGAGAAGAGUGACCUGGUGGCAGUCAUUGCUGGAGGCACCUUCCGGACAGUGGGGUUUUCUGAUCAUUGGACUCUGGAUGGAUCUACUUCCUCUGAUCCUGAUUCAGUGGACCGAUUAGAGGGGCUCACAUUUACUUGGUACUGUACAAAACGUGUAUCAGAUUAUGCAAACAUGACAGUGAGUACAAAUGGGACCUGUCAUCCAAACCAGGUAGAUUUGAAAUGGAUAAAGUUUUCUGGUCCUACUCAGACUGUUUUGCCAGAAACCCUUCAAGGAAAUACUGUGUACCAUUUUCGUUUGGUCAUUCAAAAGGAUAACAGAAAGAGUUAUGCUGACCAAACUGUAAGCGUGAGGCCUGGAUCUCCACCUGUUCUGAAUGUUAUAUGCAUUGAAAAUUGUGGUAAAAUUCUAAUUCCAACAGAUAGAUUUACAUUGUCUGGAAAAUGCCUAAACUGUAGAAUGACUAGUCGACCAGUCUAUCACUGGUCACUUUUUUCAGCAAGUUUCACUGAAGUUAAAUUUGAUUGGGCUUCCAAAACUUCAACAGGGAAGUCUAGUGCAUACCUGUCUAUACAUGCUUUAACUUUUAUGAAUAUUGCAGACCGGUCAUACACUCUUCUCCUAAAAAUAACCACUUGGGGUGGUAGGUCAUCAACCUCCAGGCACUCAUUUUAUGUAAAUUCUCCACCUAGGAUUGGAAAGUGUACUGUCAGUCCAACCAGCGGUGUUGCAUUCCUGACAAAAUUCAUUGUUCAGUGUAGUGGAUUUUCAGAUAAAAAUUUACCUCUUACAUAUAAAGUAAUAGCAGCCUCAGAUUUAUUGAAAAGCAGUAGAAUAACUUCUUUAGAGGAGAAUACAUUGGGGACAAUAGUGUAUUUUGGCUAUCAGCCUAAAACUCCUCCAUCUUUUCUCCCCAUUGGUGUACCAUCUAAGAAGUAUACUUUGACAAUCUAUGUUCAAGUGUAUGAUUCCCUUGGGGCAUUUUCCCAAGUAACUUUACACACAACAGUGCAGGAUCCAGCCAAAAGUAGACCGACAGAUAUUAUGCUUAACGAACUGCUUGCUUUAACCAGUGGAUCAAGUGCACCAAUGACAGCGUUGCUUCAAAUUAGAGAUUAUUUAAAUGUAGGAUAUUUGGUUUAUAUGGUUGCCUCAAUUUUAAAUGAUAUUAAAACUGCACCAACUAUCCAGGUGUCUAAGGCUGAAUUUAGGGAAAGCCUUCUUAAUCAGUCUUUGAGUAUUCCUACUGCCAACGUAAUGGAAGUAAAUCAAGUAGUUGCUUGUAUUUCGGAAUUAACACAGGAAGUCACUGAAGUAAAUAGAGCGUCACAACAGCUUGCCAUUCAAAAAUUGAAAGAAGUGAGUGAAGCACUAAAAGGGUUCAGGGAUAAAAGCCUUGGGUCUGAACAAGCAGAGCUUCUGAGCACUGGUAUACUAACAGGCCUGUCCAAUGUCCUGAAAGCUUCUCUUUUAGACCUCAGCAAUGUCAAUGUGCAUGCAGUUAAACAAACCUUCUCCGUCAUGGAGACUUUAGCAGAAAUAGUUUUACAAGGCAAAGUCCCUGGAGAAAAUGAAACUGUAAUGGAGGCCAAAAGCUGGAACAUUAAUUUAAAGAAAGAUGAAAAGUGGGAUGUCACAAAUACUUUCUCCGCCAAAAAAGACUGCAAGAAUUGCUUUUAUCCAACACUGAAGCAGGGGGAUCAUUCGGAAUUGCCAAUAGAUGCUGUGAUUUCUACUGUAUUUUAUGAGUUUGAAGAGAACCCCUUCCCUUGGUUGGCAUAUAGGUCAGAUAUUGUAACAACAGUCACUGGGUUCAAAAUGACAGGAACCAAGGUGAAUGGUGACAUAAUAGGGAUCAUGCCUGCAAUAGCAGAAGUGAUUAUUGCUAGAAAAGACAAGAAGUCUGCCACUUUUAAAUUGACAAUAGGGCCUGAUAAAACCCUCCCAAAAACAACUGGAGGAUUUAGUUUUGCAGUGGACAGAAACUCCAAGGAUGUAUUUAUCCAGAUUUUGACUAAAUUAAAAGUUUCUUUCAAGGUAUUUAUAUACUUAGGUGUUAAUGUCACCCACACCUCUCCUAUAGUUUCUUUUUUUGCUUCUCACAAUGAGCCUGCAGUUGCAAGUGGGAAUAAGUCAAAUAACAUAGAUUGUGCGAUUAAGGCUCCUUAUGUUUUCUGUCUCCCACAGUCACUGCUGAGGGCCACAGCCCCAGGCAGCGGGACAGAUAAAUGGAACAUCUCCAUUAUCUUGCAAUCACAAUCUAUUGUAAGGUACAGAAACAACAGAUUGGUAAGCAUAUCCCUUUUUAAUGCUGCCUGCUUAGACCUAGAUGGAGUGCAGAGUCAGUGGAAAGAAGGUACAUGUGUUCUUGGCCCUCUUACUAGCUGGCAAAGGAUACAUUGCAUCUGCAAGGUGAAGCAGCGCACCAAGAGAACAGCAAGCCGCACCAUACCCAGUCCCCCCAAAUUCAAUAUCAAGUUCUUGGCCUCCAAAGUAUUUGUGAUCCCCAACCCAGUGGAUCUGGAAAAAUCCCUUUUUGCAAAAAUACACAAAAACGCAGUGACCCUCUUAACAGUGCUUUUCAUUUUUUUAGUCUAUUUUCUCCUGGCUCUCUGGGCCCUGAGAAAAGACCGGACUGAUAAAGUUAGCAGGGACAAAGUUAUAGUCCUGCAAGACAAUGACCCCUUUGAUAAAGUGUGCUACUUGGUCACUUUAUACACAGGCAGUCGCUUGGGAGCUGGAACCACAGCAGAUGUUUUUCUCCAACUCAUAGGCCAAAAUGGCACCAGUGACGUGCAUCACUUACUGCACCCGAAUUAUCCGUCAUUCAUUCGAGGAGGCAUUGAUACUUUUCUGCUAACUACCAAGAAUGAUUUAGGAGACAUUUAUUCCCUUAGGGUCUGGCACAAUAACGGAGGUUCUUCUCCUGACUGGUUCUUAAGUAGAGUAAAAGUUGAAAAUAUGUAUACUAAAGAAUUCUGGCUGUUUAUUUGCAGGAAAUGGCUUGCUCUUGAUAAGGACGAUCGCUUACUAGAAAGGUCAUUUGUUGUUACACACCCAAGAGUACCUUUGGCCAAAAUGGACUAUUUUUUUAUAAAUAUUGCCAAUGACCUUGUAGAUAGUCACAUAUGGUUAUCUGUUUUUGCUCAGGUUGUCACUGGCUCUUUCAACAGACUCCAAAGAUUAUCUUGCUGUUUAGCAGUACUAUUGUGUACCCUGCUUAUUAACAUUAUGUUCUUUAAUGCCAAUAAGAAUAAAGAAGUUGUUUCAAUACACUUACGAUAUUUGAUAUCAGUAAUAAUAGGAAUUGAAAGUGCUUUGGUUACCAUCCCUGUGCAAAUGAUUAUAACUGCCUUGUUUAAGUAUUCACAGAAGGAGCCUUCUCCACGUAGUGCAGCUCAGAAUCACCCAAAGGAAAGUUCACCCUUCAUGUCUGGAAACCUUAGGAACUGGAAGGAACGCCUGCAAAAAUGGUACCUUGCAGAAGCUUCUACACAAUCUGUGAGUAGCAAUUCUCUAGAGAACUGUUCCAAUGCUAAUGAUUCGCAUAGUUUGCAAUAUUUUGGUAAGAAAAGAAAACAAAGAACACCAAAAAUGUGGAGUAAUUGCAUAAUCUCUGAGGGUGCUGCAAAUGCAAUUGCAGCAGAGGAGGAAAAUGCAGCUGAUACUUCAACUGCAGAGGCUAAAGCGCAACAGACCCAACCGCCAAACUCCAAUUUCAGUAAUAAUUAUGCAGAAGAAAAGGAUGCCAGCAUUCAGAAAGAAAGAAAACCACUAAACAUCCCCUUCAUGCUCUUUCGCAAAAGGCCACAGAUAACUUUUUGUUGGUGGUGUGUCUAUGUCUCUUGGAUAUUGGUCAUAGUUGUAGCAGGGGUGUCAUCAUUUUUCAUCGUAUUAUAUGGUCUGUCCUAUGGCUACAAAACUUCAUUAGAGUGGCUUUUAGCAUCAACAACCUCAUUUUUUGAGAGUGUGUUUCUUCUUCAAACCCUAAAAAUCAUUCUUUUCUCAGCCCUGAGUACAAUUUAUCCAAAGUACUGUGAAAACAUCCCUUGGUCAACAAGGGAAAAUUUCCUUGAGAUUAGGUUGGAUGAAGUUACUAUGGAUGCAGAUGAGAUGAGAGAGAUGCACUAUGAAAUUAUCAGACUCAGAGGCACCAAGCAGUAUCAGCCCUUAGAAGAGGAUGAAAUGACAAUCAUGAGGAAAAGAGAGAAAAUUAAAAGCAAAGUUUUCAUCUUCCUAAAGGACAUUGUCAGUCACUUUGUCUUUUUAACCCUAGUAUUAAAUAUUGCCUAUUCCACAGAAAACACCAACAGCUUUUACUACAAUCAAGUUAUUCAUAAACAAUUUUCUCUCAAGCUCUCCAACGUGGAUAAACUAGAACACAUUUACUUGUGGGUGAAUAAUGUCUUUUUGCCUUUGAUCCACAAUAAUCACCAACCAACUUUUCUUUCUGACAGCUGGUCCAAAAUCCUAGGUUUGCCAAGGAUGAGGCAAGUAAGGGCAAAAAGUACUGAGAAAAAAUGUUUCCAUCCUCACAGCUUUGUAAAUAAAUUUGUGAUCAGUAAAAGCCAUUGUCUUCAUAAAUAUGGCAGUGACCCUGAAGAGAGAGGAGACUAUGUUGGGUCCUGGACAAAGGUUGCCAACAGAUCUGUUACUAGUGACACCGGCAACUAUGUAGGGUUUACAUACCAGUCAAACAGAAAUCAGUGGGUGUAUUACUCAUAUGGAGAAUUAUACACAUAUGGACCAGGGGGAUACACUUUUUACUUCUUCCCUGCAGAACAGCGGCCUAAUUCAACAAAAAGGCUGGAUGUUUUACAAAAUAGCAACUGGCUUGAUGAAGAGACAUGGGCUGUGAUUAUUGAACUAACUACAUUUAAUCCAGAUGUACAUUUAUUUUGCAGCAUCUCGGUCAUAUUUGAAGUUUCUCAUUUUGGGCUCAUAAACACAAGCUUGUCAGUACAUUCUUUCACGCUCCCAAUUUUCCAGCAGCAAAGCAGAACACAAAUUUUUGUGUUUAUAACUGUUCUUGCUUUUCUCCUCAUUUAUAUCGUGGAUGAAAUUCACAUCAUACGCCAAGAAAGGACAAAGUAUAUUAAAAAUGUUUCCAACUUAAUCAAUUUUGGUCUAAAGUCAGUGUUUCUUUUUGUUUUUCUGCAAGUCAUCAAAUUUAAGAUGGGGGCUGAUAUAGUAAAGUUUUACUUACUUAAUCCAAAUGAUUUCAUUCCUUUCCAUACAGUUUCUCAUGUAGAUCAGACCUUGAGGAUAAUUAUGGGCUUUUUGGCAUUUCUCAUAGUUUUGAAAACUCUCAGGUAUUCCAGAUUCUUUUAUGAUGUGCGCCUGGCACAAAGAUCCAUCUUGGCAGCUCUUCCUGGAAUCUGUUCUAUGGCACUUGUGGUGGCAGUGUACUUUUUUGUAUACAUGGCUUUUGGCUACCUAGUGUUUGGCCAACAUGAAUGGAAUUAUAAUAAUAUGAUUCAUUCAGCUCAGACUGUCUUCUCCUAUUGUGUUUCAGCUUUUAAGGACACUGCUUUUACAUCCAACCGGUUGCUGGGUGGUCUUUUCCUAGCCUCCUUUAUGCUGGUGAUGAUCUGUGUCUUGAUCAAUUUAUUUCAAGCUGUGAUUAUGUCUGCCUAUGAGGAUAUGAAACAACCUGUAUAUGAAGAACCAUCUGAUGAAGCAGAGGUGAUUACUUUUCUAGUUCAUAAGAUCAGAAGGAUAUGGUAUUUUAUCACCUGUAGGACACCAUCAGCAAGUGAUCCAGAUCUUUUAAAUAGUGUACUGUAUGGGCAAGCUCAGAGGUAUAGCCACCGACACUUAGGGCUAAAGACCAAAAAAAUAAAUGGCAAGAAAAUGGUUUAUCUUGUCAUAUGAGUAAUGCAGGUUUUUAUGUGCAAUAAGAACGAUUUUUUAAAAAACAGUAUAAUAAUAACAAUAAUAAUUUAUCCUCUAAUAUUUCCCAAAUCAGUGCUCAUAAAUACUCUGAGUUAACUUGUGACAUUAGGGAAUUCUCAACAUACAGCCACUCACUAUUGGUCCUCCUCAGAUUUACCUCAGAAUCCUUUGAGACAGUUUCCAUAGUAUUUUAAAUUAGGCAUCAGUUCCUAUAACAUUUCAUAGGCAGCAGGUCAGGACUCAGUAGUUUAUGGGGUCACCCUUGCCUCAGACAACAAGCCACCUGAAAAUGGCUGAGCAAAUCCACUAUAAUGGAAAACUAGAAAUGGACAGGGAGCAGGUUCAUGGCAUGUAUACCGCUGCCCAGAAACUGCCAGUAAAGCUUCUUCAUGAAUCAUAACCUAAAGGAUGAGAAAUGUUACAUUGAAAGAAAAGAGGACAAUUUAUAAUAAUUUGAUUUGGCAAGCAAAAAAACUGUUUCAAAACUACAUUUCCCUAACAAAGACAAUUUAAAUACAAUAAGGGUCUUAAAAGAAUCAGCAAAUACCUUUGACCUAUACAAUUUGCUGUGUAUUCAGACUGUGCAUUUAGUGGAAUUCUGAUAUAUUUUGCUACUUUGUUUGCAUGUUGGCCAAUAUGUUAAGUUUUACUAAGUAAUGAAUGUCAGAUAAAUGGGUACAGGCGAGAAGAAAUUACUUGUUUUCUCACAUCAAGCAUUAUUAAAUACAUAGACCUUUGUUAGAAAAAAUAUAUUUUCUAUCCCUGUAACUUGUUUGCUGUACAAAACUGAUGUACAACAGAUCCCCUCUCCCUCAAUUCUAAUUGUAUGUGUUUUCAUUGUAUGUUCAACUUUUGCAUGGAAACAUUCUCCUUAGUUGAGUCCCUGUUUAGCUAAUAAACUCCAGGUUCCCCCUUCUGUUCAGAAAAGUGGCGUUUUACUAUACUAAGCUUCUGACAUUAUUGUAUAUUCGUAGUCUAUUUUUGAUGAGAGUCAAUUAUACAGUAUUGUGGGAACACAUUUUAUACAAGUUUGUGUUUUAAAUGUGUAUCUUAUCAUAAACAUUCAGGAAUAAACCAACCUUUAAACACCUCCUUAGAACACGUGGCUAUUUCUUACCAAUAUAACUGCAUACAUAUACCAAAUUCUGUCAGUAAUUGGCAUUGAAUACAGUUUCAAAUGUCUUCCUUUGAAUUGAUAGUUUGAUAGAUCUUCUGGAUGCAUCUACAGCAAAUGCAUAUAUACGUAACUCAAUUUAGAGGCAUGACUGCAGCAUUCUCUCUUUCCUCCUCAGGAGUGUGGGUUCUGGGUUCACCUAUCAGGCCGCCUGGUUCCUCCACCAAAGGAAACUCCUUCUAGUGCAGAGAACAUGGAAGGCCUGCCCCUUGUAAAAUAUUCAUCACCCAAUCUCAUAAACAGGAGUG